UCUCCAGUAGGCCACAUCUCUAGGGAGGCCCUUUAGCCAGCCUCUGUUAGUCAUUACUAUAAGCACAGGCAUGGGGCCAGCGCCAUUCACACUUUCCCCUGUUCUGCAGCAGACAGACUGAGUUCUUCUAAUCCUUGUGUUCCUUCUCCCCAACCUCUCUAAAAGCCUUCUCUGAGGGAGAAAUAGCUAUAGCUUGGGGGCUAAUAUAGCUUUAAGGAAACUUUUGGCAGAUGCGGAUGUCCUAACAUCUGGGCAGUUUUAACAGAAUCCCGGAGGCCCGGACAGACCGGGAGCCACUCGUUCUAGGAAUGUUAAAUUAGAGAAGUUUUUUCAACUGAUGAGAGAAGCAGAGAGGAAGGAGAAAGAGAACGAGGAGAGAAAAAGACAGCACCAAAACCUAUAAAACAGAUCCCACAUUUCUGCUUCCUUUCACUUUUGGAAGUUCAUUGAUGGCUGAUUUAUGAAAGUUAUUUUCCUUUGUUCUGGUACUUCUGGCCAUCUACUCCUAUUCUUGUCUCCCUAACAAUCCCUACCCUUUAAAAGGAUGGCCGGUAAAAUAACUCAAAGAGGAGCUCUCUCUCUGCUGCUCUUCCUUGCUCCAGCAGUGACACCAACAUGGUUAGCAGGUUCAGGCUACUACCCAGAUGAAAGCUACAAUGAAGUAUAUGCUGAAGAGGUCCCACAGGUCCCUGCCCUAGACUACCGAGUCCCCCGAUGGUGUUAUACAUUAAAUAUCCAAGACGGAGAAGCCACAUGCUAUUCACCAAGGGGAGGGAAUUAUCACAGCAGCUUGGGCACUCGUUGUGAGCUCUCCUGUGACCGGGGUUUUCGACUGAUUGGGCGAAGGUCGGUGCAAUGCUUGCCAAGCCGCCGCUGGUCUGGAACUGCCUAUUGCAGACAGAUGAGAUGCCACACAUUGCCAUUCAUUACGAGUGGCACCUACACCUGCACAAAUGGUGUGCUUCUUGACUCCCGUUGUGACUACAGCUGUUCCAGUGGCUACCACCUGGAAGGUGACCGCAGUAGAAUCUGUAUGGAAGAUGGUCAAUGGAGCGGAGGCGAGCCUGUAUGUGUAGACAUAGAUCCCCCCAAGAUCCGUUGUCCCCACUCACGUGAAAAAAUGGCAGAGCCGGAGAAACUGACUGCUCGAGUAUACUGGGACCCACCUUUGGUGAAAGAUUCUGCUGAUGGUACCAUCACCAGGGUGACACUUCGGGGCCCUGAGCCUGGUUCUCACUUUCCCGAAGGAGAGCAUGUAAUUCGUUACACUGCCUAUGACCGAGCCUACAACCGGGCCAGCUGCAAGUUCAUUGUGAAAGUACAAGUGAGACGCUGCCCAUCACUGAAACCACCACAGCAUGGCUACCUCACCUGCACCUCAGCCGGGAACAACUAUGGCGCCACCUGUGAAUAUCACUGUGAUGGAGGUUAUGAGCGCCAAGGGACUCCCUCCCGAGUCUGCCAGUCCAGCCGCCAGUGGUCAGGAUCACCGCCCAUCUGUGCUCCUAUGAAGAUUAAUGUUAAUGUCAACUCAGCUGCUGGCCUUCUGGAUCAGUUCUAUGAGAAACAACGCCUCCUCAUCAUCUCAGCUCCUGAUCCCUCCAACCGAUAUUACAAAAUGCAGAUCUCUAUGCUACAGCAAUCCACCUGUGGACUGGACCUGCGGCAUGUGACCAUCAUCGAGCUGGUGGGGCAGCCACCUCAGGAGGUGGGGCGCAUCAGGGAGCAACAGCUGUCAGCCAACAUCAUCGAGGAGCUCAGGCAAUUCCAGCACCUCACUCGCUCCUACUUCAACAUGGUGUUGAUUGACAAGCAGGGAAUUGACAGAGAACGCUAUAUGGAACCUGUCACCCCGGAGGAAAUCUUCACAUUCAUUGAUGACUACCUACUGAGCAAUCAGGAGCUGACCCAGCGUCGGGAACAAAGGGACGUAUGCGAGUAAACUUGAGCCAGGGCAUGGUUGAGGUCAAAGGAAAAGCUCUCCUAGGUGGCUGAAACCAGGGUCUAAUAAAAGGAGGAAAUGGUUUCCCAUAAUUCUAGGGACAGGACUGUGAGGUAGAUGAGGUUCACCAAUCUUGGGACAUUUUCAGGAACCUUUUUAGGACUGCAUAAUAGUUUCCCUAAGCAAGUCUCUGCUUUAGGUAGCACUGGAGGAGCAUAAGAAGCAACGUAGAGACUGAGAAGCGGCCCUGGACAGUGGGUUGGUGGUAGGUUUUCCUUUCUUAAGCUGGGCUUCUCCCAGCUCUUCAAAGUCUUCUAGAUAAGUAAAUCCUAAAUUCAUUCACUAACUGGCUGUGGGUUUUGUGUGCUGUUUUUUGUUGUUUUGUUUGUUUUGUCUUUUACAUUAGUAAGCAUUUAAUAAUGUUGUUUGGUCAUUUUUUAUAGCACUAUUCUUUGUGACUCCUUUCUAUAUUUGGGGCUUACCAGUAUACACAAACAUUUAAGUUAGUACUUUGAAACAACAAGUUUGAGGUUUUUUGUGUUGCAACAUGUAUAACGUGUUUUAUUGAAGGGCCAUCUGGAUUAGGGGGACUGCCAGGUUUUAAGGGGAAGCCUGGUGACACCAGAAUACCUUACAACCUGCACAAUGAUAGAGGCUUUAUUUUCAACCGGUAUAGUCAAACCACAGCAAUUCCUUCCUGUCCUGAAGAAACAAAGUCACUCUAUCAUGGGUUUUCCCUUCUUUUUGUUCAAGGAAAUGAACAAGCUCAUGGACAAGAUCUGGGUAAUGUCCCAGCCCCAGUCAGUUCCCAGUUACUUUGCUCCAAAUUCAGAUUGUAAAUUUUUUAU